GUGGAAGUCGUUGUCUCGUUUCCCUCUUUCAUCCUCUUCCUUCUCCUCUCCUCUGCCAUGGUGGGCUUCGCCCAGAACUACUCCGUCCAUUUGCAUUUUUACUUCCUAGAACGAGUCGCGGGUUCCCCCAACGCGACGGGAGUGGUGUCAGUGAACCUCCACCCUGAAUCCCCUGCCGGAGGCUUCGGCAACAUCGGGGUGAUCAACAACAUACUCCUCGAAGAGCCUGAGCCUAGCUCGUCGGUCAUCGGCCGAGCCCAAGGGCUCACCGUGUUCUCAGAUUUGGCAGGACUUAGCAUAACGACGGCCUUGAACUUGGUGUUCACCGCCGGAGAGUACAACGGGAGCUCGUUGGCCAUGUUCAGGAGGUACGAGCCGGGAGCAUCAUAGGCGGAAGCGGACAGUUUCGGCUGGCCAGGGGCUACGCCCUUAGCCAACUGGCAAUGCCACUGCCACGACAGUCACUGCUGAGUUCGAUGUUUAUAUCACAUAUCCUUAACCUUGAUGGAUACUUCUUCCGCUAUAAGUAAUACAUGUAUAGCUAGCGUAUGCAUGUAUUGAUAUAAAUAAAUAAAUAAAUAAAUAAUAUUACCAUUAUUGUUA